GGGGCGUGGAGGUAUAAUGAGGCACCUACAACUGCGUGCAGCGCAAUACAGAGCUGUCCUGGCUGGGGAGAUACGGAGCACAAGCUUAACUUCUCAGAGAGGUCACGGAUAUCUGCGACCAAGAAACCCGUUGAACAGUUACGAGGAACUCUGUGGUCUGAGUCAACAAACAAAGUCACUGGUCCUGGGAGACACGGGAUUGACUUCAAACAGCAUCAUCUCAGAAGUUCAUCCUGUACGGCGGAGAACCUGUAGGCUGUUGGUGCUGACCCUAGGCAGCUGAGCAGAACAUCAUGACAGGUCACCAGGCAGUGAAAUCCUUCAAGAAAUCUUCUGUCCCAGGAGUUAUCAUCACCCCGUUUGUGGAUGAAAUUCCAGAAGGAUGUAGUACACCUGACUUUGAGAAGAAACCUAUCACUCUGACGUUGCAAGAAGGUAAAAAUGCCAUUUUCCGAGCUGUGGUCAAAGGUGUCCCAGCUCCUGAAGUGAAAUGGACACGAACACGAGGUGGAAUGGAUGAUCCUGACAAAUAUCAAGCAUUCUUCAAUGAUGUCACAAAUGAAUUUAUUCUGCAGAUAAACAAGCCGACUGUAGAUGACAGUGAUUUGUAUCGUUGCUUUGCUGUGAAUGAGUAUGGGGAAGCUGCGUGCUCUGCUGGCCUCAGGAUCAUACAAGUUGGCUUUAAGAGGAAGUCAAAAUAUGUUCCUGUUCAUCCUGCUGAUGAGUUGAAGAAGAAGCUUCAGGAGUUCAGGAAGCUGCUGAGGAAGCGGGCCCCGGCACCAAAACCAAAACCCCUGGACAAAGAAGCAGUCUGGCAACUGCUGCUGCAUGCAGAUAAAAGAGAUUAUGAGAAAAUCUGUAUCAAAUAUGGAAUUGUUGACUUCCGUGGGAUGCUGAGAAAGCUACAGGAGAUGAAGAAGGACACAGAGAGUGAACAAGGAGAGUUAAUACACAGCAUCAAAAAUUUUGAACACAUUAAAGUCAACAAGGAUGGAAAAGCUUCCUUCAGUCUGGAGAUGGACCUGAAAAACAGUAAAAGCAAAGUUUACUUGCUUAAGGAUGGUGAGAAGCUCAGGUAUGGAACAGGGGAUGAAUACAGAAAGCACUGCCUGAGGCGGAUUGGAAAAAGGUACAAUUUCAUUAUCAAUGACGUGCAGCCAGAAGAUGCGGGUGUGUAUCAGGUCAGAGUGGAGGACGUACCUGUUUUCUCAACCGAACUGGAAGCUGAAUCCAUCCCUGUGAGGUUUGAGCAGCCUCUCACUGAUACACGUUGUCCUGAGGAAGAAAAUGCUGUCUUUGAAUGUGUCCUACGCACACCCUGCCACGAUGCUGUGUGGCUGCACAAAACCCACCUCCUUGAGGCAAGCGAGAAGCACCAGAUUUCUGUAACACCUGACGGCCUGACCCACCAGCUGGUUAUCAAGAACGUUGUGCCUUCUGACAGUGGCAUGUACACGCUGGACACUGGGCUCUGCUCUUCAAACGCCUGGCUUAUUGUAGAGUAUGCCAAAGGAAAGAGGAGACAGGGAGAAGGAAAUGAGAGAGAGAAAGCUGAGCGACUGAAAGAAACGUUGCCAGAUAAAGAGAGAGCUAAGAAACCUCGACACAGAGAAUAUAUCGAUGAUGAAGAUCAUCUGAUGGACACUGGCAUGGAAAAAGAUGGCUGGUACAGAAAUGGUCAAGACAGCAGUCAAGGCCACUCCAUUGAUGUUGAUGGAAGCCACCAUAGAUUUCUGGGAAAAGAUGGACUACGCAAAGUACACAAAAAUGAAAUGAUGGGCUCUGGGCAGUUGUCUGGAGCAGGCCUAGAUGGACACUCAAUGACAAAUGAUGCUAGCAGCUUUGAAUUAAAUAUCUUAGGAGGUAAAAGUAGAUUGAGGCCUGUCCAUGGCAAGGAUUCUACGGCAGGCAGAGCAGACACUCAUGAUGAAUUAGGACGGGCAGGUGAACGAUAUCCUGUGGGUGGUAGAGAUGAUGACAUGCUGGAUGCUGACAUGGGUGAUGGAGGUGAUGGAGAAGGUGUGGGCUGGCAGCUUGAUGAGGAUGGUAGAUUAGGUGAUAGUAGUUACAGAGCUGGCUUUGGGGGUGGUGCUACUGAUGGAAGUUCUGGAUUAGAUGGGCUCAAUCCUGAUUCAACCAGAGUGGGAGGUGGUAAGGACAAUCUGUUCAGUAGGACUAGUCCAGGGACUGGAAUUAGAAAGAAUGCUGCAGGUACCAAGAUGGCAGGAGGAAUGAGGUCCCCCCAUGGCAAGGACUCUCUGCCAACUGCAGGUGAUAUGAAUAGAGCAAGCAUGAACAGAGAAGGACAAAAUUCCUUCAUGAGACUUCAUGCUAGUGGUCAUUUAGACCAGGCAGGAAGGUCUGGCUUGCCGUAUGGCCCAGGCCAUCUUCCAGCUGGAGAUGGGGCUAUAUCUGGUGAAGGUGGCAGUUCUAUAGGGGAAAUGGCAGCUUUGUAUGGUCCAGAUGGUCAGCCAGUUGGAGCAGGUCUUUGUGAUGCUGGAGUAGCUGGUGCAGGGGGAUACGGGUCUCCAUAUGGAAAGGAUGGUCUCCUAGCUGGGAAUGUUCUUGGUGGUGCUGGUGUAGCUGGUACAGGAGGAAUUGGGUUUCCCUAUGGACAGGAUGGUCUUCCAAUUGGAUCAGGUGUUGGUGGUGCUACAGUUGGUUUUCAAGGUGCUGGAUCUGCCUAUGGAAAGGAUGGCCUCCCAACUGGAGCAGGUGUUGGUGGUGCUACAGUUGGUAGAUUUGGAGGUGUCGGACCUGCCUAUGGAAAGGAUGGUCUCCCAACUGGAGCAGGUGUUGUUGGUACAGAGGGAUUUGGAUCUCCCUAUGGAAAGGAUGGCCUCCCUGCUGGGGCUGGUGCUGGUGCAGGGGGAGUUGGGUCUCUGUAUGGAAAGGAUGGUCUCCCAGCUGGUGUUGGUGAAGAUACACUUGGUGGCUUUGGAGGUGAUGGAUCUCCCUACAGAAAAGAUGGCCUGCCAGCAGGAACAGGUGCUGCAGCUGGUAGUUUCGGAGGUCUUGGGACCCAAUAUGGAAAGGAUGGCUUUCCUGCUGGAGCAGGCGUUGGCAGUGGUGUAACUACUGCAGGGGGAGUUGGGUCUCCCUAUGGAAAGGAUGGUCUCCCAGCUGGGACUGGUGCAGUGGGGCUUGGUUCUCCCUAUGGAAAGGAUGGUCUCCCAGCUGGAGCAGGCAUUAGUGGUGCUGGUGUAGCUGGUGCAGGGGGAGUUGGGUCUCCCUAUGGAAUGGAUGGUCUCCCUGCUGGAGCAGGAGUUGGUGGUGCUGGUGUAGUUGGAGAAGGGGGAGUUGGGUCUCCAUAUGGGAAGGAUGGACUCCUUCUUGGUGGAACAGGCAUUGGCGGUGCUGGUGUAGGUGGUGCAGGGGGAGUUGGGUCUCCCUAUGGAAAGGAUGGUCUCCCUGCUGGAGCAGGCAUAGGUGGUGCUGGUGUAGCUGGUGCAGGGAGAGUUGGAUCUCCAUAUGGAAAGGAUGGUCUCCCAGCUGGUGUGGGCAUUGGUGGUGCUGGUGCAGGAGCAGUAGGCUCUCCGUAUGGAAAGGAUGGUUUCCCAGCUGGAGUAGGAGUUGGUGGUACAGGGGCCAUAGGUUCUGCUGAUGGAAGGGGUGGUCUCCCUGCUGGAACAGGCAUAGGCACUGCAGGUGUAGAUGGUUCAGGGGGUGUUGGAUCUCCAUAUGGAAGGGAUGGUCUCCCUGCUGGAGCAGGCAUUGGUGGUGCUGGUGUAGGUGGUUCAGGGGGCAUUGGAUCUCCAUAUGGAAGGGGGGACGGUCUCCCUGCUGGAACAGGCAUUGGUGGUGCUGGUGUCGGUGGUGCAGGGGGUGCUGGGUCUCCCUAUGGAAGGGAUGGUCUUCCAGUUGGAGCAGGAGUUGGUGGUGCUGGUGUAGCUGGAGAAGAGGGAGUUGGAUCUCCAUAUGGGAAGGAUGGACUCCCAGCUGGAGCAGGCAUUGGUGGUGCUGGUGUAGCUGGUGCAGCGGGAGUUGGGUCUCCAUAUGGAAAGGAUGGUCUCCCAGCUGGAGCAGGCAUUGGCGGUGCUGGUGUAGGUGGUGCAGCGGGAGUUGGGUCUCCAUAUGGAAAGGAUGGUCUCCCAGCUGGAGCAGGCAUUGGUGGUGCUGGUGUAGGUGGUGCAGCGGGAGUUGGGUCUCCAUAUGGAAAGGAUGGUCUCCCAGCUGGAGCAGGCAUUGGUGGUGCUGGUGUAGGUGGUGCAGGGGGAGUUGGAUCUCCCUAUGGAAAGGAUGGUCUCCCAGCUGGAGCAGGCAUUGGUGGUGCUGGUGUAGCUGGUGCAGGGGGAGUUGGAUCUCCAUAUGGAAAGGAUGGCCUUCCAGCAGGAGUGGCUGUUGGUGGUGCUGGUUCAGGGGCACUAGGCUCUACCUAUGGAAAGGAUGGUCUCCCUGCUGGAGCAGGCAUUGGCGGUGCUGGUGUAGGUGGUGCAGGGGGAGCUGGAUCUCCAUAUGGAAGGGAUGGUCUUCCUGCUGGAGCAGGCACUGGUGGUGCAGGUGUAGGUGGUGCAGGGGGUGUUUGGUCUCCCUAUGGAAAGGAUGGUCUCCCAACUGGAGCAGGAGAUGGUGCUGCUGGUGUAGGUGGUGCAGGGGGAGUUGGAUCUCCAUAUGGAAAGGAUGGUCUCCCAGCUGGAGCAGGCAUUGGUGGUGCUGGUGUAGCUGGUGCAGGAGGAGUUGGGCCUUUCUACGGAAAGGAUGGUCUCCCGUUUGGAGAAGGAGCUGGUGGUGCUGGUGUAGCUGGUGCAGGGGGAGUUGGAUCUCCAUAUGGAAAGGAUGGUCUCCCAGCUGGAGCAGGCAUUGGUGGUGCUGGUGUAGCUGGUGCAGGGGGAGUUGGAUCUCCAUAUGGAAGGGAUGGUCUCCCAGCUGGAGCAGGCAUUGGUGGUGCUGGUGUAGGUGGUGCAGGGGGAGUUGGGUCUCCAUAUGGAAGGGAUGGUCUCCCUGCUGGAGCAGGCAUUGGUGGUGCUGGUGUAGGUGGUGCAGCGGGAGUUGGAUCUCCCUAUGGAAAGGAUGGUCUCCCUGCUGGAGCAGGAGUUGGUGGUGCUGGUGUAGGUGGUGCAGGGGGAGUUGGAUCUCCCUAUGGAAAGGAUGGUCUCCCAGCUGGAGCAGGAGUUGGUGGUGCUGGUGUAGGUGGUGCAGCGGGAGUUGGAUCUCCAUAUGGAAAGGAUGGUCUCCCAGCUGGAGCAGGCAUUGGUGGUGCUGGUGUAGCUGGUGCAGGGGGAGUUGGGUAUCCAUAUGGAAAGGAUGGUCUCCCAGCUGGAGCAGGCAUUGGUGGUGCUGGUGUAGGUGGUGCAGGGGGAGUUGGGUAUCCAUAUGGAAAGGAUGGUCUCCCAGCUGGAGCAGGCAUUGGUGGUGCUGGUGUAGGUGGUGCAGCGGGAGUUGGGUCUCCCUAUGGAAAGGAUGGUCUCCCAGCUGGAGCAGGCAUUGGUGGUGCUGGUGUAGCUGGUGCAGGGGGAGUUGGAUCUCCAUAUGGAAAGGAUAGUCUCCCUGCUGGAGCAGGCAUUGGUGGUGCUGGUGUAGCUGGUGCAGGGGGAGUUGGAUCUCCAUAUGGAAAGGACGGUCUCCCAGCUGGAGCAGGCAUUGGUGGUGCUGGUGUAGGUGGUGCAGGGGGAGUUGGAUCUCCAUAUGGAAAGGAUGGUCUCCCUGCUGGAGCAAGCGUUGGUGGUGCUGGUGUAGGUGGUGCAGGGGGAGUUGGGUCUCCAUAUGGAAAGGAUGGUCUCCCUGCUGGAGCAGGCAUUGCUGGUGCCGGUAUAGGUGGUUCAGCAGAAGUUGGAUCUCCCUAUGGAAAGGAUGGUCUCCCAGCUGGAGCAGGCGUUGGUGGUGCUGGUGUAGCUGGUGCAGGGGGAGUUGGAUCUCCAUAUGGAAAGGACGGUCUCCCAGCUGGAGCAGGCAUUGGUGGUGCUGGUGUAGCUGGUGCAGGGGGAGUUGGGUCUCCAUAUGGAAAUGAUGGUCUCCUGGCUGGGGCUGGUGUAGGUGGUGCAGGGGGAGUUGGAUCUCCAUAUGGAAAGGAUGGUCACCCAUCUGGAUCUGGUGCUGGUGUAGCAGGAGUUGGGUCUCCAUAUGGAAAGGAUGGUCUUCCAGCUGGAGCAGGAGUUGGUGGUGCUGGUGUCAGUGGUGCAGGAGGAGUUGGGUCUCCAUAUGGAAGGGACGGUCUCCCAUCUGGAGCAGGUAUUGGUGGGGCUGCAGUUGGUGGUUAUGGAGGUGCUGGAUCUCGCUAUGGAGAGGAUGUACUCCCAGCUGGGGUUGUGGCAGGAGCUUCUCAGUUCCCUUUUGUAGGUAAAGAAGUUAUGGGGUCUCAUCAUGGCAGGAAUGCUAUGCAGAGCACAACUCAAGGAUAUGUAGGUGGGGCGGGAGGAGGUGACUCUUCCUCAGAAGUCGGUGGCGUGGGUGGCUCUGCAGUACGGAGUGCUAGGUCUCCCUACAGCAAGGACAGCGGGUCAGCUGGAGCCAAGGCUGGUGCGGGUGGUGAUGGAAAGGAGUUGCUUUCAGUCCAUGGUAGAGAAGGUGUGGUAGGUGCUGUGGGACGAGGUGGGGAGUAUGGGCUGGAUUCACAUCCUGGCAAAUCUUCUGCAGGAGGUGAAACUGGAAAGGGCACUGCCAGUGAUUUCAGAGGAUCAGGGAACAAAGUUUCACCUCACGACAGAGAUUCACUUUCAGGUCAAGGAGAUGCCAGGGGGAAGGGCAGAGAUUUAGAACAGUUGGGCUCCCUUUAUGACAAAAAUUCUGCCCUUGGAGGGGCGGGGAGUACCUCCUAUAACAGCUUUGUCACUGGGAGAAGUUCAGGUGCUUUUGGUCAAGGUUCAUUGCAUUAUGGUCAGAUGGCAGAUCUUUAUGGUGGACCUCCUUCGAUAAACCACAGAAAACCAGAACUUGAGCUUGAUCUUACAGCAAAUGAUUUCUCAAAGAAUACAGAAAGUCUGGGAAGCAGACGACGUUAUUGCCUGGAUGACCUGAAAGCCCCACGCUGUCACCUCAACAAACACUUAGUUGGUGUCAGAGUCCUGAAAGGGGAACCAGCUGAGCUGUCUUGCACCGUCAGUAAAAAUGAUGUGACGGGGACCUGGUUUAAAGAUGGAUUAAAGUUAACAAGCAUGGAUGGAGUGGUGUUUGAAAAGGAAGGUCUGGUGCACAAACUGAUCAUUAACAAAGUGGAAGAUAUUCAUGCUGGGAAAUACAGAUUUGAAGGUGGAGAUAUAAAAACUGAAGCUUCGAUUUUUGUUGAAGAUCCUCCACGGGUUGACAAAGUUCUACUCAAAAACUUAACGAGUGUUCCUACUAUGGCCAAGGCGGGGCAGAAAGUGCAGAUCAAGAUCCCUUUUGAGGGCCGGCUGCCAAUCCGAGCAAUGUGGUUAAAGGACAAAAUGGAGCUGGUAGAUGACACAAGGAUUCGUGUUGAUAACACGGAGACCUUUACCGUGCUGUCCAUCUCGAGUAGUGAGAGAAAGGACUGCGGAGAUUACAAAGUCAGGUUGAAGAAUGAUAGUGGGAUCCUAGACAUCGACUUAAAACUUCUGGUAUUUGACAAGCCGCAGCCACCUGCAGGGCCCAUCAAAAUUGUACAAAGCUCUGUAAAUGACAUCACCAUUCAGUGGAAGCCCCCAAAGGAUGAUGGAGGCAGACCACUGCAAAGAUACGUUGUUGAGAGACAGCAGGUAGGCAAGAGCGACUGGGUGACUUUGGGAGAAACCUCCAAGACCUGCACUACCUUCACCACUAACAAAGUGGAGCAAGACAUGAGCUACUACUUCAGGGUGAGAGCUGUGAACGCUGAGGGGACCAGUGACGCGCUGGAAUCCGAUGAAGUGAAGGCUGUUGGUAAAGCUUCACCUGGUGCCCCAGACGCCCCUGAGGUUGUCAGUACCAGCAAAGACUCCAUCACAAUAUCUUGGAAAGCACCUCAUAAAACUGGCAGCUCCCGAAUUGUGGGAUACAUCAUCCAAAAACGCAAGAAGGGUACCAUGACCUGGCUGCCAGUCAACAAUGCGCCUGUAUCAGACAAGAAGCUGAAAAUUACCAAUCUCAAGAAAGGUCUGCAGUAUGAAUUCCGUGUAGCAGCUGUCAAUGAUGCUGGCAUAGGAGAUGCCAGUGGACCUUCCCAACCUGCCUUUGCACGGGAUCCCACCAAAACACUAUGUCCAGUGCAGGACCUUAAAGUGAGCAGCAGUGACAGCAGUAGAGUCACCUUGACCUGGAAGACACCUGAAACAAAAGAUGGGAGUGACGUGAAAGGCUACGAGGUGGAGGUGCGGCCUUCUACCAGCCUCACCUGGACCAAAUGCACUACUCUUCCUGUAGAGAUGACCACCUACACAGUUAAAGGCCUCCAAGCCGAGGAGACCUACUUCUUCCGGGUGAGAGCCCUCAACGACAGUGGCCCAGGAGAAGCCACAGAGAUUGAAGCCCGCAUGGAAGCUGCUCCCCCUGUAGUUUCCCCCAGGUUUCUAAUAGAUGACACGGUGAAAAGCUUCCUGCUUAUAAAAGCAGGAGAUACCAUUCGAGUGAAUAUUCCCUUCGAAGCAUCUCCGGACCCCGUGGUGACCUGGUUAAAGGAUGGGCUGCUUCUUCGAAACCAGGCUGCAAUAACCACCAAGGAUGGUGCCACCCAGCUGCUGAUCGGAGCAGCUGAGUUCACUGACAGUGGCACCUACACCAUCGAGCUCCAGAACGGGUUAGGGAAAAGAGAAACAUUCAGCUUCCAAGUUCACGUUACAGACAUCCCACAGUCACCUGGACCUAUUCGUCUGGAAGAGAAUGUGCCCAAUACAGUGACAGUCACCUGGGAGCCAUCAGCAUCUGAGAAGUGGGAAAGUAGUCUCUACUACACCGUCCUGAAACGUGAAUCUGAGAAGGGCAUGUGGCGUGUGGUGGGAGACCUGAUCUACAACAACAAGUUCACAUUCACCCAACUGAUCCCGGGCCGGGACUACUACUUCAGGGUUGUGGCAAAAAAUUGCUUGGGAGUCAGUGGUCCAAGUGAAACUGCAAAGCCUUGGAGAAUUCAAAAGACAAAGGCUGAAUCUAAGGUCAAACCACAGCAAUACAGAGGUGUUAAUCAAAACCAGCCCCCGAGAAUCCUUGCCCCGCUGAAGCCUCACGUAGUUACUACUGGGAGCGAAUGCCAUAUGAGCUGUGCGGUGGCAGGCUAUCCGUCGCCAAAGAUCACGUGGUACAAGGACAGCAGAGACCUCUCCAGUGACCCUGCCUAUCUUUGCACAAAUGACUUCGGUGUCUGCUCCCUGGUCAUCCUGGGUGUCUCACGGCAGGAUGAAGGAGAAUAUAUGGUAGAAGCCAGCAAUGAAAUGGGCCGUGCGUUCAGCAAAGCCUUCCUCACUAUUAAAGAUUCCACCCUGUAGAAUGACCUUCAGGAGAACAUCUCUGCACUACCAUGUGAAGGAAAAGGCUUUUGUUGGGAACUGGCUCUUUACAAAGACUGUGUAUUUAUUCUCAGAUGUGCAUUCUGGUCUGAGUGUUUUAUUUAUCAGAUUCAGUAGCUGCAUAUCGAACAUGAUGCUGCAUUGUAGUCAAAAUUGGGAAAAAAAGCUUUCAGAGAGUUCUAUCUUUUGGUAAUAAUCAUUGCUUUCCACUAGUCCUUUAAAAAAAAAAAGAUGAGAAGCUUUGGGAACACCAAAAAAAUAAUUGGCCAAGAUGAAACUUUCCAUGGAGAAUACAGGAGCAAGAGAUCAUUCUGCUGUGCCGCUCACCUGCUGUCAGGCUGCAACAACAAUAUUUAUUGACACCAGAGAUCUAUGAAGUCGGCCUUUUGGCAUAAAGUUCUCUAAUCUGAAGCAAUUAUUUUAGAUCCCAUGUAAUUCUCGGCUGGUUUUCUACUUCUGGUAGAAGCACUUCUGCAUGUAUUCUGCUCCCAGUUGCAGCUAAGUAUAUUGUUUCCCUUAAUCUCCAAGUUGAAAAGAGUAUCUGCCUGCUGGUUUUAUCUGGGCAAGAGAUAAAUUGUCGGACUAGGCCAACAUGGGGUGGUGCUCCUCACAGUGAAAAUGUCUUGAUAGCAAUGAUUGGCAGUUUAGAAUCAGCUGAAUUAGCAUGAGCAGAUCCAUGCUGUACUUAAACAGGCCUGCUACAGCAAGUGCUGUAAGAUAGGGUGUAAACUACCACACCGGGAUCAUCUCUGAACCAUAGCUGUCCCUACCUCAUGACAUUGCUAAUGCAAUGUUUUGCCUAAUGCAAAAAGAGGUUAAAAAUCUUGCGUGUUUGACCAGAAAUAAGAGAUACCACCAGAGAUCCUCUGCCAUGGCCGGCGGAUUCCAUCACCAAGCAGAGAAUGAGACUGGAGAGCAAAAAUGAUGACUGUGCAAAUGCAUAGUCUUACCACCAAAGGUGCCCUGAAGAUGGCAUCUCGAAGAUAGGAGAGUUUUGAUCAAAGACUCGGAGCCACUGGAUCCUCAGACAGCUAGUCAAACAUUUAUGUGGGGCUGAAAUGCUCUUUUUGAUUGUAUUAUAUUUUGUACAAAGUUGUACAGAUGUAGCAAGAGUAAAUUAUUAAAUUAAACCAUAAUU